AUGUCGUUCGUUCAAGCUCUACUCUCCAACGCUGCUAUUCCGGUUGAAGAUCGGCAACAGGCCCUCAACCGUGCUUAUUCCGACCCCGGUCUACCUACAGCUAACCCGACUUCUUCCUUCUGGCUUAGAUCUCCACAUCCCGAACUUGCCCAGGCGCAGUCUGCUGAGUUGCCCUCUGAGGCAGAAGUAGUCAUCAUCGGUUCUGGAGUGACUGGAACUUCAAUUGCAAGAACUCUGCUGGAGUCCCGCAAGCCUAGGAAGGAGGCCAAAGCCCGACCCGCUGUUGUCAUAUUAGAAGCGCGUGAUGUCUGUAGUGGUGCCACCGGCCGCAAUGGCGGUCAUAUACUUGAGACUGCGGAAGAAUUCACGUACCUCGAAGCAUCGCAUGGCCUUGAAGCCGCCAAGAAAGCAAUGAGGUUUCGAUUGGCUCAUCUGCAGGAGAUCCUGAAGACCGCUGAUGAGUAUGGACUGACAGAGGAGACUCAAGCAAGAAAAGUUCAGUUUCUGAGUGUGUAUUUUGAUGAAAGAACCUGGGAGGAGGCUUUAUUCCGUCUGCGACGUUUGAAAGAGUGUUUGCCUGAAGAAACCGUGGAGUGGAGAGCAUAUGAGAAAAAUGAGAUUCCAAAGGAAUUCUGCCUGCCUCGUGCUCGAGGUAUCGUUGCUGGUCCAGCUGGUGCUAUCUGGCCAUACAGAUUUGUCACUGGCCUUUUGGCCCACUUGCGCCGCGAAUUCCCCCAGGAUCUAGUCAUUGAAGCCAAUACACCAGUGACAGCUGUCCGUGAUGUUACUCCUGGAGAGGCGACUUCGUUGCGAUAUUCGGUUGAAACGACCAGAGGCACUAUCCGCGCUCGUCACGUUGUCCACUGUACCAACGCUCACGUCGGGCAUCUUAUUCCCGAGUUGAGAGGGCGUAUUUAUCCAAUCCGAGGACAGAUGUCUGCGCAGACACCGGGAAGCAAGUUUCGCAAUCAGGGAGCCGAGCAUUCUUGGCUUUUCAACUAUGACCGGGGAUUCGAUUAUCUAACUCAGCUACCACAGUCCGAGGCAGGCGAGAUGAUGAUGUUGGGAGGCGGAUUUGCUCAAGGCGAGGGCGGUGGUAUUGCCGACUUUGGUGUUUCCACUGAUUCGGAGCUGAGCCUGUACAUUGAUAUCCAUCUCUCUGGUGCGCUGAGUGCUGUUUUCGGUCGCGAGAACUGGGGCAGCGUUCCGGGUCCCAGUGUGGAGAAGAUGUGGACAGGGAAUAUGGCUUUCAGCGCAGACGGCUUCCCGUGGGUAGGGCAACUCCCCGUGUCUCUGACUAAAAGGGGACAGAAAGAGGAAGGCCACGGAGCUGAAUGGAUCUCUGCUGCAUUUUCAGGGGAGGGAAUGGUGAUGGCCUGGCUGUGCGGAAAAGCUCUGGCAACGAUGUUGCUGGCCCAUGACGAUGAACUGCUGGAGACAGAAUCCACAGACCUCUCCUGGUUUCCAGAGCAGAUGCUGGUAACUGAGGAGAGGAUCAAGGAAUGUGUCCUACCUCGCGAUAUCAAUGAUAUAUCAUCUAGUUUAUAG